CAACACUCCCAUUUUUUUUGCUGCACAGGCAGCCAAAAAUAAACUACUCCAUACCAUUACAUAUAAUUCUAGGUUGUCCUAUUCAAAUUACAUGACAGGGCUGAUUUUUAAUUUAGAUUAUUAUUCCAAGUUACCAAUGUGCACAAAUAUUAGGUCUGUGGUUAUGGAAAUAUACAAAAUGUCAGCAUUUACCCUUUUUGCUGUCAAAAUGAUAAUUUUGUACUAUAAUAGGCCAAAUAUGCCAACAAUUUACAAUAGCUUGCCACUAGGGGACUUGUACUCAUUACGUCAACCCCACCAUCUGUCUCCCUCGGUGAUCUCUACAUCUGCCAUUUUAGACACCGGGAGAAGCACGGUCAAGUCAGUGUUGACAUAGCAUAAUCAAAGCAAGAUACUAGAGAUGUAAAAUCAACUCUGCAAGCUCUUUGUUGGUGGACUAAAUGUUUACACCACUGACGAUCGCCUUCGUAAACCAUUUGAACAGUAUGGCGAGCUAACCGAUUGCGUAGUUAUUCAGAACCUGCAACUACUGCGGUCUGGUUUUGUAACUGCUAGUGCUAUGGAGGCAGACGCUGCAAUGUCCGCGCGGGCUCAUGCCCUGGGUGGCAACAAUGUUGAACAGAAAAGUACAGUGGCACACGAAGAUGCGGGAGGACCUGGCAAAGAUUAAGAAAACAUUUAUCGGUGGUUAAAGAAGCUACAGAGGAUGAACUUCUGAACGAGUAAUUUCAGUUCGGUACUAUCGAGAUGGCCGAGGAUAUUAGCAAUAAUCAAACUGAAUGGAUAGAUGACACAUUCUUCCUCAUAAAUCCUGCUGGUUGAUGAGGAUCUCAAGGGAUUGAUUGGACCAAGAUGAGAAAAAGUUCCUAUAAGGAGGGAAACCCUGUUUAUGGCACUGGAAUGACUAGGGUGUGACCCCAGACUGUGCUGAUCCAGCUCCAGUGGUCCUGUCAUUACAGGAUGAAGAAUGUCUGUUAAAAAUGUGGGUGUUUUGAAGGACCUCUUUGGCCUAAUAUCCACCUGUUAGGAAGGUUGAAACUUUCAAUGAGUCAUUAAGAUAUGUAUCCUUGUUUUGUAUUCCAGUAUGUGGAAUCACAUACUGCUUGUUCUGUACUGUGAUAUUUGUUUGUGGAUUCAGUAAACAUUACGUGUUUUAAACCUAUAGCUACAUUAUUCAUUCUUUUCAAAUGUAAAGCUAUGUUUGUGUGUGAGCUAAUUUUGAUGUAAUGUAGGAUGCAUGCUGUUUUAUCUGAAUUGUAAGCAACCUUGAAACAAUGAUGACUUUCAACAAAAAAAAAAGUGAAACACAUUAGGCCUACAUUCUCAGAUUUGAAAUUCACUGUCAUAGACCCUCACACUGCUAGCCCUAAAUAAGCUUCCACACAUUUUUGCUAGCUAAAACUUUGUGAUAGCUAACAUUAGGCUAUUCAAAAUAGUUAACUCAAAUGUAAUUAGUUCAUACAUCAGUAUUCUAAAUUAUCUGAUUAUGUUGAUAUAUUACUACGUUACCUAAUUGAUGGCUUGCUAGUUUGUAAUCGACAACGACAAUUUCUUGAUUGGAUCCUUCUUCAUCGUCCUGACACGCCGUAACCUAGCAACGCGGGAGCAAGCAGAACCAAGAUUUUUCUCUGGUGGAACAAAGCUUUGCCGAUUGGAAAUGGGGCAGGAUGAAGCAGCAGUGACUGGGAAAGACGUUCUCUAGCCUUUCUUGCUCAGUCAGAAAAUAACACAUUUUGUAAUAGUUUAGGGUAGAAAAGAAAUAAGCAGUAACCAUGAGAAGAUGUCUGCUUAUUAGCUAGGUUUAUUUGUCAGCUAAUGAAUAAGUGUAGAUUCGAUAAGCCACCUCAUGCAGUGAGUGUUGUGUUGGACUUUGAACGAUUCAUUUUGUGCAUGGGCCCAUAGCCAACCCCGGUACAACUCAUGCAGCAUAUCUGAUAUCAUGGACUGUGCAACGUUGGGUCAAGAAUCUAGUGUCCAGCAGCCGACCUGUGACUCCGAGGAGGAUGCAGUGGAUGCAGGGAUGCACACCUUCAACCACACCCAUAUGAGAAAGGCUUUUCAGCUGAUGAAUGACUUAAGGAGUAAGAAAAUGCUGUGCGACGUUCUGUUGGUGGCGGGAAACAUAGAGGUGCCAGCUCACAAGUUGGUGCUAGCCUCCUGCAGCCCCUACUUCUGUGCCAUGUUCACAGGGGACAUGAGUGAGAGCAAAGCCCAGCAGGUGGAGAUCAGGGAUGUGGAUGGCCAGACACUUAGGAAGCUGGUGGACUAUAUCUAUACAGCUGAGAUUGAAGUAACAGAGAACAACGUUCAGGUACUCCUGCCUGCAGCCAGUCUCCUGCAGCUGAUGGAUGUGAGGCAGGUGUGCUGUGAGUUCCUGCAGAGCCAGCUGCACUCCACCAACUGUCUGGGCAUCCGAGCCUUUGCUGACCUCCACACAUGCACACAGCUCCUCAACCAGUCCCAUGCCUAUGCUGAGCAGCAUUUCUCAGAGGUGAUGCUGGGAGAGGAGUUCAUGGGCCUGUCUCUACAGCAGGUGUGCAGUCUAAUCUCCAGCGACAAACUCACCGUGUCCACAGAGGAGAAGGUGUUUGAGGCCAUGGUUGCGUGGAUAAAACACAACAAGGAAGCUCGUCUGGAGCACAUGCCAAAGCUGAUGGAGCACGUUCGUUUGCCACUACUGUCCAGAGAUUACCUGGUGCAGAUAGUGGAGGAGGAGGCCUUGAUCAAAAACAACAACAUCUGCAAGGACUUCCUGAUAGAGGCCAUGAAGUACCACCUCCUGCCCUCUGAUCAGCGCCACCUGAUCAAGACUGACCGUACACGCCCACGCACGCCUAUCAGCCUGCCCAAGGUGAUGAUAGUGGUGGGUGGCCAGGCUCCUAAAGCCAUCCGCAGUGUGGAGUGCUAUGACUUCAAGGAGGACCGCUGGUACCAGGUUGCUGACCUGCCAUCCAGACGCUGUCGAGCAGGUGUGGUGUUCAUGGCAGGGAGGGUGUACGCGGUGGGAGGGUUCAACGGCUCGUUGCGAGUCAGGACGGUGGACGUGUAUGACGGGGUGAGGGACCAGUGGACUACAGUUCCCAGCAUGCAAGAGCGACGCAGCACCCUUGGGUCGGCCGUGCUGGGGGACCUGCUCUAUGCCGUGGGGGGCUUCGACGGAAGCACAGGCCUGUCGUCAGUGGAGGCCUACAACUACAAGACCAAUGAGUGGAUGUUUGUUGCUCCCAUGAACACGAGACGCAGCAGCGUCGGAGUGGGAGUGGUAGAUGGGAAGCUGUAUGCGGUGGGUGGCUACGAUGGGGCGUCGCGCCAGUGUCUCAGCACGGUGGAGGAGUACAACCCAGUCAGUAACCAGUGGGGCUACAUGGCUGACAUGAGCACCAGACGUAGCGGAGCAGGUGUUGGGGUGCUGAGUGGGCAGCUGUAUGCGGCGGGGGGCCACGACGGGCCCCUGGUGAGGAAGAGUGUGGAGGUGUACGAUCCCCCUAGUAACACCUGGAAACAAGUGUGCGACAUGAACAUGUGUCGGAGGAACGCCGGAGUGUGUGCCAUAAACGGACUGCUGUAUGUGAUCGGAGGAGACGACGGCUCGUGUAACCUCUCCUCAGUGGAGUAUUACAACCCUGCCACAGACAAGUGGAGCCUCAUCCCCACCAACAUGAGCAACGGCCGAAGCUAUGCAGGUGUAUCCGUCAUAGACAAGCCUUUAUGACUAUCAGCCCCCGACUGCAGGACCCCACAGCCAGACGCAGCAGCCAAAGGGAGCCACUCUGAUGCACACACAGAUGUCUGAUUUCACAGUCAACUCCUUGAAGCAACACUAGCUUGACAGGUGGCUCUGAGCAUGGGCCUGGGCUGCCAUAGAGAGAGAGGAGGAGAGGGAGAAAGAGAGCGGGGGGAACAUUGGCUUCCAUGGUCAAAGUGACCCCAAGACUCAACAAUGCUGCCUGAAGCAGAGUGUCUUAAAGACUGGCUGCCAAUGUGUUGGGCCAAGCAGGACUGGAGGGAGACUGUUGUCCUACAGACUCAUAGGGGGCCAUUUAGCUAUAUUAGUAUUAGGAGGGCCACACUCUCCUCAUACUCCUUUACAACUGAACAGAGAGGGAGAAUAUACUGGCCUUUUUUAAAGGGAUAGACUAAAUGAGCUAUGACCAAGAAGAAGGUUGUUGAUUGGCCUAGGAAACUACACUGUGGCCAACAUAGGCCUCUCAAACCAACCAUGGGCUCUUGCUAUGCCAUGUCGUGUUACUGCUGUAGAAAUGCACAGAUGAUCAUCAGGUCAGGUCAAGUCUGUCUGUUCUCUACUGGAGAGCCAUGGAUGGACUGUAGAGUCCACGGUGAUGUCCACAGGCUCUCUCACUGUCUGCAGCCUGAGUGGGUCCUCUCUUUUAAAUACCACCUGAGAUAAUUGUCGGAGGAACUCAAGACAGACUGGAGGACCAACCUGGACCAGCAUUCACCGGGAGCCACAUGCCUCAAAUGCAUACAAUUUCCAAUUUGGAAUCGAUCAUGUUUUUUUCCCCUCAUGUUGGAAUUGGGCACAAUGGGAGACCAUGUUAAUGAGGUGUUUUAAAUGCACUGUAGAUACAUAUUUGCAAAGUGAUAACCAAUAUGCUGUCAGUCUUGACUUGGCUUACUUGAUGUGCCAUAAUGAGUGUUUGUUUGCAAACCUUUUGUGUCUGAAGGAUAUGUGCCAAUUUGAUGCAAAAACAUUAGACAAUAGACAUCAUGUCAAAGAAUGAAUGCAUUAGCACUUUUUUUUUAAAUUUUUUUUUUUUUGUAUAAAGCUAAUUUCCUGUAACAUAACCAAAAGACUACUUUACAACUUCUGCAUCAGGCACGGUAAUUAUGGUUAACAUUAUUCCAAGCUCAACACAUCUUUUUACCAGGGUUGGGUUCAAUUUCAUUUCAGCUCUCAUCAAUUCAGGAAGUGAAUUUUAAAUUCAGUUCAUGAAUUGGAAAUUUGAAAUGAGAAUAAACCAAGGCACUUUUCAAUGAAUAUCUUGACUUGAAAUGGAAUUGACCCCUACUGUCUUUUUUCUACUUCUCGCCUAUACUGUCAUUUUCUUCAGAGAUUCUGGUAUUUCUGAUAGAAUCAUUUCAAUUUACUGCACAAUCCAUAGGUUUACUAUGGUUGUACUUAGCCACCCCAGAGCGAUGUUGAAAUAUGCAGGACAUAGGCAACUUGUAUAAUAUUAAGUAUAUUAUAUCAAGAUCGGUGAAAUAUUUUCUAAAGUUUCUUUGAUUGUGGAUAUUAAAUUAUAGUAAAUAUCAUUUUUAAUGAGCAUUUGUUGUGUGUACUACGACCACCUAGAAUCCCUUUGAGCAUUUAUCUUCUCGUAUGUUCAAGAAGUGGAUACAUGGUUACCGUGGGUACAUUGAUCAUUAUAAUGUAUAGAACAUCCGCCUCUCACCAUAACAUAUAACCUAACCUGGCUUUUUAAUUAACUUGGACUAUGCAGCUGACUAUGUGAGCCACCAUUGUAAGAUGGCGUUAAGAGGGUGGAUGAGAGAAGAUGUAUUUGUGACUGGGAGUGUAUGAGGAUAACAUAUUUUUUUAUUUAACCAGGCAAGUCAGUUCAGAACAAAUUCUUAUUUACAAUGACAUCUGUUGUCAGGGAAUGCCAUUAGCAGCCAUGUUCGUGGCCUUGUACAUUAGAUUUCAGGCCACUUGUGACACGGAAUGUAGGGAUAAUCUCUCCAUUGGUGGUAAUGGUAAAACUUAAAACAUUUCUACUAGCUAGCCACACAUCACUGACAAUCCCAGACUGCAUCCUCCUUAACCUCUCACAGCUGAGUCUCACAGGGUCCCUCUUGAGAGGUGCGGUCAUAUGUCAGAGCUGGACCACUCAGGGAUCUGCACUGAGCCAGCCUAAGGACACCAGCCUAGAUCUACAGACCAUGAGUGUCCAAAACCCUGCAUGGACCGACUGUGUCCAUCCCGCCUGACAGUCUUCAUAUGUCUUUGGCUGCUCAGUUUAUGACGGACAAAAAUGGCCUUUCAUUUUAAGUGGGGCCUUGAAUCAUUGUCUAACUGUGCUGAACAUUAACACGACUGGUAGGGACUGUGUGCGUUAGUAUGAAUAUGUAUAUGAAUUAAAACAUGGAUUUGGUGUCAUUCUUUUUAUGAUAUAUUAUAUAAUUCAACAACGCUAUAUGUAACCAUUUAAAGAGCAUGGCACACUAGCAAGUUGCAACACCAAAGUUGUGUGUUCCAUUCCCACAGGGAUCAAAUAUACAUACCAGGGUUAGGGUUAAAACAGCCAUGCAGUCUUUGUAUUUUAAAAUCAUCACUGUAUAUCUAAUAAAUCACUGUUUAUUAAAAUAA